GGGGCGCGAGGGGCAGGUGGCGAGGUCCUGGCGAGCGGGAGAGCGCGUCCCUCCGCCCCGCUCCAGGCGGCCGCCGCUGGCGGAGAGCCUCGCGGGGCAGCCGGGCGGGAAGGGCGCAGGGCGAGGCGGGCUCUUGCGGGGCCGCGGCCGUAGCCUAGGCGCGGGGAGGGCGCCCCUCGGACGAUGGCGGGCGAGGGGGCUGGGAGGUCUCUCCCCGCAGAGGGCACUGGCCCCGCGCGCCCUGCGGCGGCACCGACACGUCGGGGCUCUCCCUGCGCCUCCCGGGGCCGGGGGAGGGGGUCUUCCCAGCGUCCCCGUCUCCGGCUUGGGGAGCCCCUCCGCGGCGCCCUGCACGCCCGCUUGGCUCGUUCCCCGCUGCGUUCGGCUGCCGCGCGCCGCGCUCCUUCCUGGAGCCUGAUCCUUGGCCGCCGGGCGUCGGUUGGGCUCCCUCGGCGCGCACCCUAGGGAGGGCGUGCCCCAGGCCCAGGCUAUGAGGGUGUGUGUUUCGGGGAGGCGGUCCCCACCCCAGACGUGCCCUCGCUCCUGGCGUUCGGAAGGCGCGAGGGAGUGUGAACUGGAGCUGCUCCCUCGGCCCGAGGAGCGGAGUCCCCGAGGCGGGCUCCCAGCACGUGCGCCCGGGGCGCCCGCGGCGGGGCUGCUUCCCAAACAGCGGGUGUGAGGGGCCCCUGGCGCAGCCUCCUCUCCGGCCAGAGCUCGCAGGAAAACUCCGGUCUACACACACACCUGCAGGGUUUAUUCCACCUCAAGAAACAGCCUCGCAGGUUGGUGCUGCUUAUUGUCAGCGCCGGAGAGCACGCCCGCGGGCCCUGCGCAGUUUCAUCUUACCUGUCUGGGGGCGCUGAUUGACAACGAAAGUGGUGGUGAUCUCGUAGAGCGUCAUGACAUGAAUACCCUAAGCCUGCCCCUCAACAUACGCCGAGGGGGCUCAGACACCAACCUCAACUUCGACGUACCAGAUGGCAUCCUGGACUUCCACAAGGUCAAACUCAGCGCAGACAGCCUGAAGCAGAAAAUCCUAAAGGUAACAGAGCAGAUAAAAAUAGAGCAGACGUCCCGUGAUGGGAACGUGGCGGAGUAUCUGAAGCUGGUCAGCAGCGCGGACAAGCAGCAGGCCAGCCGGAUCAAGCAAGUCUUUGAGAAGAAGAAUCAGAAGUCAGCUCACUCGAUCGCCCAGCUGCAGAAGAAAUUAGAACAGUAUCAUAGAAAGCUCAAGGAGAUCGAACAGAACGGAGCCUCCAAAAGCUCAAAAGACUUUUCCAAAGACCACCUGAAGGACAUCCAGCACUCUCUGAAAGAUGCCCAAGCCAAGUCUCGAACGGCGCCCGGCAACAUGGAGAGCAGUAAAUCGGGCAUGCCAGGGGUGUCCCUCACUCCUCCCGUGUUUGUCUUCAAUAAGUCCAGGGAGUUUGCCAACCUGAUCCGGAAUAAGUUUGGCAGCGCCGACAACAUCGCUCACUUAAAGAAUUCCUUAGAGGAGUUUAGGCCCGAGGCGAGUGCCAGGGUCUACGGGGGCAGCGCGACCAUUGUGAACAAGCCCAAGUAUGGCAGUGACGACGAGUGUUCAAGUGGCACGUCGGGUUCUGCCGACAGCAAUGGGAACCAGUCGUUUGGGGCUGGUGGAGCCGGCACGCUGGACAGCCAGGGGAAGCUCACCAUGAUCCUGGAGGAGCUGCGGGAGAUCAAGGACACCCAGGCGCAGCUGGCUGAGGACAUCGAGGCGCUGAAGGUGCAGUUUAAGAGAGAAUAUGGUUUUAUUUCUCAGACCCUGCAAGAGGAGAGAUACAGGUACGAGCGAUUGGAAGACCAGCUCCAUGACAUGACGGACCUGCAUCAGCACGAGACGGCCAACCUGAAACAGGAGCUGGCCAGCAUCGAGGAGAAGGUAGCCUACCAGGCGUACGAGCGCUCGCGGGACAUCCAGGAAGCCUUGGAGUCCUGCCAGACUCGCAUCUCGAAGCUGGAGCUGCACCAGCAGGAGCAGCAGGUGCUGCAGACGGACACCGUGAAUGCCAAAGUUCUCCUGGGCAAGUGCAUCAACGUGGUCCUGGCCUUCAUGACUGUGAUCUUGGUGUGCGUGUCUACCAUCGCCAAGUUCGUCUCGCCCAUGAUGAAGAGCCGCUUCCACAUUGUCGGCACCUUCUUUGCUGUGACUCUUCUUGCAAUAUUUUGUAAAAACUGGGACCAUAUUCUGUGUGCCAUAGAAAGGAUAAUAAUACCAAGAUGAGGCUCACUGCCUGCUGUCCUCCAGUUCUUUCAAGUUGUUAUUUUAAAGAAAACUCUGUGCAUUCUCCCAAACUUUAAAAAGAGGUGGUGCCGACGGAAGAUUACGAGGAGGACUGGGCUGUGCGUUGUAAAUAACUCCGAGUCUCUGAACUUGGUAGCAGUUACCAGCUCAGCAUCUGCCUGGUUAACGUGACUCUGUUUCCGAGCUCUCCCCACCUUGCUCUCUGCCUUAAUCAGACCAGAUUUCCUGCCCGCCUGACUAGCCCAGCGUAGUAAACCUCUGAUUAUUGACCACCUGCAUAACUAGUGAUGCAGAAGACAAAGGGUUUUCAAUCUCUGUAGCCUCUUUCAAAAUUGAGCUUUACUGUUGCCACUGGUGCAUUUUCCCUGAGUCCUGUACGCAGCAAGGAUGUGCCACGACUUGGGGACGGGAAGGAGCACGGGCGCUGGCUGUGUUGAACACUUGUGGCCCAUGGAAGCACAGGAAAUCCCGAGUAAUCUGUCCCCCUUGUCCACAGAUGCCCGUAGGUCCCAUAUGUAUCCACUGUCCACAGUGGUCAAUUACGUGUGACUCUUCGUAACAUGGAAAUCUCAUCACACACCCAUUUAUCCAUCAGAAGUCUGACUUAGGUGUUCUGUUGCACUUUAGGUGGUAAGACACGAGGGUUUAUGAAUGGGGCUUUGCCUCCUUACCCCCAGGGAGCCGCACACCUGAUUUCCUCUUCACAGGCUAUCAAACGCCCCACCUUCAAAGCAUGCAGAAAUGCUUCCAAACCCCUCCUCAAAUCGUGGUUUUAACAUUAAUUCGGGGUCCUGCGAGCACUGCUCUGGAGUUUGUGUCUCGGCAAAUCUUAAUUGUGAGAAACCGCUUUCGAGGAUGUGAUUCACUUUAUUCACAGGGCUGCGAGGGAUUGCAAAGCUUACUCAGUAAAUGAAAACAAAUGAUGCUCGUCUUGCAGGGUUUUUUUCUCAGAGAAGGACAGCAGGCUCAUAGUUUAUUAAACUAACAUGCACUGAGAUAGGAACCCUGGAAGCAGGAAGAAGGUAUGGCAUGUGGUCUAAGUGGGUGGCAGUUAGAUCAGUGGGAACAACUCACUUGGAUGGAGAAGGUCCUCUUAGGACCCUGAAAGACCAGGGGGAAUAAAAUAAAUUAGAUCCAGUGUCUGAGUCAAGGUCGCCACAUGUCUCUUAGGAUCUUACUGAAAGUGAGUUCUAAGGUAAUAGAGUGGCCACACUUCCACUGAGGUGAGAGCAUUCAAAGUUGACAUCUUUGGCCUCUUUGGGGAUGCCAUUCACUGUCUUUAGCCCAGAUGAUGCUUUCCUUUAAAUCUCUUUCCCUGUGUACAUAACAAAAAGGAAAACAGAGAAGAUUUUAACAGAAACUGCUAUUCAGCCCACCACCCCCUCCAUCAUAUGAAGGCAGAAAGAUACAUGUUAGUGUACAUUUUCUUCUAGGAAACAUCAGAUCGCCCAGAUUAAGUGCAAUAUUUUGCAAACAGCUGCUCUUAGGGAAAUCUCCUGAAAAAAUGUGACAGUGUGCCAUGGUCUGAGAGAAUGGAACAGUCAAGCAUUUUGUACAAGUCCAGUGUGUGUGAGACUCAUACAACUCAGAGCUUUCUCUUUUUUUUUUAAGUUUACAAUUCACUGGUUUUAGUAAAUUCACAAACUUAGGCAACUAUCUAAUUCCAUAUCUAACUCAAGCUUUUUAAAAUAAUAAACAUCAUUUCUUGAAAUCUUUGGCUAUAUAGUAUUCUGGAUUCAGGGAAGAGGGAGUUACUGGUCCCACCCCCAUCUCGUGGCUGUGUCAGACUCUCCCUGCGUCCCCCAAGUUGGCUGUCAAUACACUGUGAUCCAUCAAAUCCAGGGAACAGAAAAGGGUUCCAGGCCCAGGGCAGGAAGGGAGGAAGAAUGGUAUGCUUCCUUUUGCUUUUAUAUUUCAAUGGCUGGCAUCCCCCUUUAUCUGUGGGCAUCAGUCUCCAUGUGGGUUGAGGGCUGGGUGCAACUUACACCCCUAAAAUAAGCGGCCUUCUGGGUGGGUUCCUUUUGAUCUCUAUGGAUCUUUCUCAGGCACUUUGGACAUGCCAGGGGUUGGGGUGGGUAUAGAUGCUGCUCUUAGUUUAGGGAGAGUGAGAUUUCUAGCCCUGGAGGUUAAGGGCUCUGGGAGGAUUCUAGAAAACUUGGGGUUCCUUCUCAGGUCUCCACACUCCGCUCGUCACUCAGCCUAGCAAGUUUGCUUUGGCGCUUUCCAGACCUGUGAACAGUGAGUCUCCUCCCCAGGGGGAGAAGUGGAGAAGACGACGGAAAGGAACACAGUCCGCCCCCUCCAGUCUAGAGCGGUUAACAGAAGCUGCUAGAAACUGGCUCUCUUCAGAAGUAUCAUGGCGUCUAAAUCAGCCCACCUGGUCAUGAAUUCUUUUUAAAGAAUUCAUAUUUCCAAUGAUUCUCAUUAAAUAUCAAAUAAUGUUGUUUUCACCUGGAUGUGCUCAGCCUGCACGGCAUAUUUAUUUUGGAGUCUUGCUGAAAGUUCCUGAAGCUUUUUAAUAAGAUUAUAUACUCCAAGGAGACUUGCACUCUCUCUCUGCAGUUUUUUAUUCUCUUCUUUGGGAAUGAACCCCCUCUACUGCUUGUUUUCUUCACUGUGUAAGGAGAUUAAAUGAAGUUUUAUAAAUAUACAAUUAAAAACAGUGAUCUGGCUAUGACAUAUCCUGGAAUUGGAUAUUUAAUUUGCACUUAAGCCAACGCCCUUUUCCCCCACCUUUCGCAGGUGGUAAAUGUCUCGUGCAUGCCUAAAGAUGACACCAGCUAUUGGACACUCAGUGAACAUUCGUGAAGAAUUUAAGACGCUGGCCCUUGGGUUCUGGCACUGGGCUUUUUGGUGACAUAUUAUUUUCAUGAUCACCAAGAUAAUGAUAGUUUGCUGAGGACAAAACAAAAACCUAAAAAUACUCUCUUGUGGGUUUUGAAUCGGUUAGUCCAGCUUAUAUCUUGAGUAUGAUUAAGCCAGAACAAAACAUCCUCCCCCAAACCCCCCCAAAAAAGUCAAACUUGAAAUGAAGCAGAAAACAAAAGGACUCCACUGCUGGUUUUGGACAGUGAAAGUAGGAUCAGUCCCAGGUUUCUAGCUUGUCCCAUUAGUGGUUUUGCUUACAUAGUUGUUGUAAUCUAUUGAUAAACUGAAGUCUUCUGCCGCUGCUCCCCUUUGCAUUUCAGCCCGUAAUGCUGUUAUCCCUGUCUGUCAAUUAGCAUCCAUGCGAUUCUAGCCCCUCUCCUACUUUAUCACUCUUGUUUUCAUUUGAAUAUUGCCCCACUAUGUAUGUUUAUUGCCCUGCUAUUUCUCUGGCACAUCAGGUUUAAUUAUGUUCAAUAAUAGCGAGGGGAACCAGCUUCCCUCAGGCAACUAAUUACUUUUGUCCUUUUUGUUUGGAUUUGAAAUACCGAAUUAUUUUGUAUCAAAUGGGAAUGUUUUUGUAUUGAAUCCAAAUCUAAUUAUGUUGGUUGGGAAAAACAUUUAAAUAUACUUGUUAAUAUGAAUGUGUGAUUAAACAACCUAUUUUGCAUAUUUCUAUAAUUUUGAGGAACGGGGGUAGGGGUAAGACAAAAUGGCAUUAUUUAAAAUUCAGGGCUUUAUCUGGAGAGAGAGAUUGCAAGAAGUGUUGCACGUGUUCCCAAUCCCUGGGAAGAAUGAGAUUGGCCUGUUUACAUCAGAAGUAUUCAAGAAGCUAGAGGAAAAAUAGUACAGUUAACAAGAGUUUGGUAACCCAUAAGCUGUAAAGCAGAACUAACCUGCGAUUUUCUAAAGUCAGUACAAUUCUCUGUUUAUAAGAAGCUGGAAAGUAAUGUACCUCGAUUGUUUUGGGAACGAUUUAUGUGUUACAAUUUUAAUUUAUUUAAAGCUGUGUUUGUCCUAAGAGAAAUGUUUCAACAAAACGUGCUCUCCGACGAAGAUCUGUUUAGGCAGUAGUUAGCAGCCUUGAAAGUAGAAACUGGAAGUGUUUAUUGUGAGGUCUGUGGAGAACUUCCAUUUUGCGGGAUCCUAUAUAGUUUUGUGUCAGCCUAAAAUUGUAAAUUCUCUGGAGAUCUUCACCCCAUUCAAAGCAGGAGCCGUUAUUUUUUUAAACAAACACUUGAUGUUAGCUUUCAUGUUAAAUAAAGACCUAGAUUUCUUAAA